AUGGCUAAGCACCUGGAUCCUCGCCGUGUGCAGAACAAGCAGAUCUCCAAGGAGGCUCUCUUGGCCCACUCCAAGCGCUUUCAAAAGGCCCUUGAGAAGAACAACGUGGGGAUCAAGCUGACCAAGCUGCCUGAGGUGAAGGAGAAGGGCCACGUGGGGCUCGAUGACUGCAUCGAGAUCGUGACCCACACUCCGCAGCAGCUGGAUACCAAGAUGGAACGAUUGAGGGAGCGGCUGAAGACAAUGAGCCAGCAGGUUUCCCGGCUGGAUCAUCACUCCGCAGCGGAGAUGGAGGUGGACCUAUCGCUUCUUACAGGGCAGGGUCCGGCAUACGCCAGCGUCUUCGUCCAGGACGAGGAUGCUCAGGAUGAAGAGAUGGAAAUCAGACGGAUGCACGAGCUGGUAGAACAGACGACGCAGGUACUCCAGCAGGCACGCAACGAGCUCAUCGCGCUGAACCAGCGUCAGAGAUCCGAGAGCUCGGGUACCAACACAGAGGCAAAAGCCAAGAAGAAGGAGACGGCCGCUUGCAAGCACAUCGACCAGCUCCUGUGGAAAGCAGAAGUGGACCUGGAAAAUGUCGAGGACAUGUACCUCAGGCACAUCGACAAUCAGAAGGACACGUACUCGCUGG